CGUGGAAGGGGCAGGGACGCUAUGUCCCUGGGUCCCGCGUGGUGUGGCGGUGGGAGAAGCUCCUCGAGCUGUGGGUUCGAGUGAGGGUCGAUGUGUUAUGUGUGUGAUGUGAGGCUACGGGCGUGGCCUCGAGCUCAGAGCUGGGGGUUAGCAGCUGCCCCUGUGCCGGCUGCCAGUGUGCUCUGUCCUUGACCAGAGCUGUUGAAUCUAGUUUAAAGGCGGCGCAAGCAGGCCACCCACACUUGACGCUUACCUUUGAAAACCGGCAGCAUAAGCUGCCGUCAAAGAGAUCUAGGAGCGUCCCGAAGUGCAAUCUUUUUAAAAUUACAUUCAUUUUGAAGGAGGGGGUGCUGUCACGGCGUCCGGUGGAGGUCAUAGGACAACUUUGCGGGACUCAGUUCCACCCUACAGAGUCUCUCUGUAUCCUUGACUAGCCCAGAACUUACUAUGUAGACCACAUUGAUCUUGAACUCAUGGAAAUCUGUCUGCUUCUUCACAAGUGCUGGGAUUAAAGGCAUGUGCCAUCAAACCCCACUUUCUUGAAUAUACAUAAGAGACUCUUCCUGUUCUUGCACCGUUUGAAGUAGGGCAGGGUCACAACGGUCUGAGGACGGACAGUUCUCUGCCCAGAGUCAAUCCUCAGUGACUGUGGCUGAUGGAGUGAGGUGUGCUGGCCCAGCUGGUGGAGUAGAGGCUUUGAUGCAUUCAUCAACCUGUACCACAAGCACUUGCCGGAAGAGGAACCCAACCCGCCGUUCCUGUGGAGUGGUCUGCUGCUUUGCGUUUGGCUCGUAGGAGUCCAUCUGUAGUUUGGAGCUCAGCCUGGUGCACAGAUACGGGACAGAGUUCCAGAUUCUAAACCCAGGCUUUCCAGGCUCCCAGAAAGCCACCAGACCCCACAUGGAACCGAGGGCCCCAUCCCCAGCUGCCAUAUCCUCAGUGGAGAGAAAGUUCCAUGUUCUUGUGGGUGUCACAGGAAGCGUCGCUGCCCUGAAGCUGCCUCUUCUGGUGUCAAAGCUUUUGGACAUUCCUGGGCUGGAAGUCACAGUGGUAACAACUGAGAGAGCCAAACAUUUCUAUAGCCCUCAGGAUGUUCCUGUCACCCUCUACAGUGAUGCUGAUGAAUGGGAGAUGUGGAAGCGCCGCUCUGACCCAGUUCUCCACAUUGACCUGCGAAGGUGGGCUGACCUCAUGCUUGUGGCUCCCCUCGAUGCCAACACUCUGGGGAAGGUGGCCAGCGGCAUCUGUGACAACUUACUUACCUGUGUCAUCCGGGCCUGGGACCUCAGCAAGCCCCUACUCUUCUGCCCUGCCAUGAACACUGCCAUGUGGAAGCACCCUCUCACUGCACAGCAGGUGGGCCAGCUCAAGGCCUUCGGCUACGUGGAGAUUCCCUGUGUGAGCAAGAAGCUGGUGUGUGGAGACCAAGGUCUAGGAGCCAUGGCUGAGGUGGAGACCAUUGUGGAUAAAGUGAAAGAAGUGUUCUUCCAGCAUGGUGGCAUCCAGCAGAGUUGAACUGGGAUUUUGUCAUGGUGUUCCUGUACCUAGUGAGUUCAACUUGAGCUCUUGAAGAGGGACAUCAGCACAGUAUGAAGAGCCUGUGUUUGCUGAGGAGGGGCUGGCCAGCACCUUCUCAGAGCUUCCCUGGGGUCUAACCCUCUUCAAGUUAACUACAGACCCAAGUCCUGCCUUCUUUUAACCAGGAGAUACCUGCUUUCUAGAGGCCCUCCCAUUUCUUCCUGGGAUAGGCCCAGCAAACCAGGCAAACAGGCGGCUACCAGAAGGAUAAUUGAAUGACUGAGGGACCUCCUGCCUGGAAACUGCUUUUAGAAACACCAUGGCUGAAGCUGGGCGUGGUGGCUCACGUCUGUAAUCCGAACAUUCAGAAGGCUGAGGUAAGAUUGCCACAACUUUGAAGUUGACUCGGGCUGUAUAGUGAGCCAGGCCUGUGAGUGUGACAGCCUAUUUCAAAACAAAAGCCACAAGAAGAAGCACAGCUCAAGAUCCCUGACAGUAGGCUCCUGAUCAGGCAGGCCUUGGAAGCUUCCCGGUGUCACACAAAGUCAAGAAGUCUGUGAGGUGGCAAGACUUCACAUUUCCCACAGACUACUGAGAGUGGGGCCGGGAUGGUCCUGGGAAAUAAAGAAAAGUGACCUUUUAGGAGACUCUGGCCUUCUUACAUCUCGUCUAUGGCCUCAGAGGUUGGGUGCAUGGCCAAGUGAGGCCAGAGAAGGUUCUGGGCUGACAACUGACUAGCAUUCCCACAUUCCUAUGCAACAUGGGUGGUUAAGGACAGUGCUCCUGAAGCAGAUGCUCGGAUUCCAGUAUCAGUCCUACCACUAACCAGCUGUGGGCCUUGCUUGACCCUCACUUCCCAUCUGGAUGACCACUCUUUCAUCACAGAGCUGUUGAGAGGGUUUGUCUCUCAUGGUUCCCAGCAGAUUCCUGAAGCCACAGUACAGAACUCUAGACGUAUGAUGUCUUCUUAGACAUACAUAACCUAUGACAAAUUCUAAUUUAUAAAUUAGGCCUAGUGAGAGAUUAGCAACAAUAACAAAACAGAACAGUUAUUCACUUUGUUCUGUAAUAAACUAUUUUCCAUGCUGAAAAGAAAAAGAAUAAUUAAAAAUAUAAUAGGGGCUGGCAAGAUGGCUCAAUUGAUAAAGGUACUUGCCACCAAACCUCCUCACUACUUGAAUUUGGUCCCUGGGACUUCCACAUGGUGGAGGGUGAGAACUGACUUCUGAAAGUUGUUCUCCGACCUCCAUUCUCACACUGUGGCACGUGUACUAUUUACACAUGCACACACACACACACAAUAAAUACAGUAAUUUAAAAUACUAUUAUAAAACCUGUGUGAACAUGUAGCAUGAGUCUUAAAAGUUCUUAUUAAUAGAAUCAAACCUGAAGCCGGUUAUUGGGGUGAACACUGGAUGAUCAGAGAGACAGAACAAGCCACAGCUAUCUCACCUUGCCAAUUCCUCAGCUGGUCUUGUUUCCUCAGACUGGAAGCUUCUGUGUCCUCAUCCCAAUGGCUCUCAGCUGAACUGCUGCUGGAAAGCCUGAAAGCUUAACCAGCCAAAAUGCUUAACCAGCUAAAUGCCUCUAGUUUCUGGUCCUCACGCCUUAUAAACCUUUCUGCUUUCUACCACCACUCCCUGGGAUUAAAGGAUGCUUUCUGGGAUUAAAGGCAUGAGUCACCAUGCCUGGCUGUUUCCAAUGCAGCCUUGAACUCACAGAGAUCCAGAGGGAUUUCUGUCUCUGGAAUGCUAGGAUUAAAGGCGUGAGUGCCACCAUUUUCUAGCCUCUGUAUCUAGUGGCUGUCUGUUCUCUGACCCCAGAUAAGUUUAUUAAGGUACACAAUAUUUUGGGGAACACAAUACCACCACAUGAACAUGGUAAUUUAGCAACUUCAGUGUACAAUUUUACAAAUUGUAAAAAGUGUACAAAGUGUACAAAUUGUAGUAAGUCAAAAACUUAGACUUUGUUGUUGUGUUUUUAGAUAGGGGUUUUCUUUUUUCUUUGUAGCCCUGGCUGUCCAGGAACUCACUGUGUAGACCAGGCUGGCCUCGAACUCACAGAGAUCCACCUGCCUCUGCCUCCCAAAUGCUGGGAUUAAUGGUGUGCACCAUCAUGCUUGGCCCAGGACUGGACCUUUUCACGUAAGGAAGCACUUGAUGCUUCUCUGGCUUUUCUGACUUGUUGGCAUCAUUACUCUUGUGCUUUGGGGCUGUUAUAGAGAUAAGGGCUAUCUGAGCACAAACACUGAUAUUUCGAUACUAAGGCGGUCGAUCUGAUAACAGUAGUAGCUGACUGUCUGUCAUAUACAACAUGGACACACUGGACUAAAGGAUGUCUGGGUUGGGAUGGAGCAAGAGGUGUGAUUGUUCAUGUUCCUCAGCACAGUAUGUGACUUUUAUUUCUUGGCUUUUUGAGACAGGGUUUCUCUGUAUAGCUUUGGAGCCUGUCCUAGAACUCACUCUGUAGCCCAGGAUGGCCUUGAACUCACAGUGGUCCACCUGCCUCUGCCUCCCAAAUGCUGGGAUUAAAGGAGUGUGCUACCACCGCCCAGCCAAUAUGUGACUUUAAACUAAGAAUUGUUUUAAUAAACUUUCAUAUUUCAGACUGUAAUUGACUGUAGGUAACAGAGAGCAACUUUGCAGAUAAGUGGAGACUUCCGUGGCCACUCUGCUGAAUGCCUGGAACUUAGUAAAUGUCAAAUAAACGAGCGUUGAUACUG